AUGCUACGGUCACCUACUGCUUCUGACGAGAACGAUGAAGGACCCGGUAAAUUAUUGUUUGCUAUGCCGCAGCACAAAAACCAUGCCUUUCUCACGAAGAAGCUUGCAUCCUUAGACAAUGAAUCAACCUCCACUGUACAAUCGAACCCUCAACACCCGAAUGCAGCUAUACACCGCCUUUCGAUUCCAGUAGCUAUGCAACCAGUUGUAACCACGGCAACAAGAAGGCAGCAACAGCAACCAGUUGACUACUUGUCGUUAAGUGAUGCACUUGAAGGAGGAGAGUCUGCCGACGAUGAGGCGUCUUGUGACAUUGCGGAUUCCACUGAUUCGUUGCUUGGGAGAGAGUCUCUUGAGCUUGCGUUGAGCGAUAAUGACCAAGACGAGGACGACGACGGGGUGGGUUCUGAUACACUAUUUCAACUAUUGGGUGGGCAAAGAGAUCUUGAGCAACGCAUGAAAGCAAUCGAGGAAGCACAAGAGCAGUGCAGCACCUCCUCCCGUGACGAGCAACAAUUCAACAUCCCCACUGUAUUUCGUGUGAUGUAUAUGGGAGCAUGUUCAGAAAAGGACAAACGAAUACUAUUUAGAAAGCUGUCGAGAGCCCUCUCUACACUCUUCCAUGAUUGUCCAUCAUUUUUCAUUCGCAAUCCACACAUAUUCAAGGAGAGGAAACACCAUCUUUUAUUGAUGAGUCUACUACCAGAUGAGGAGGAUGGAGAGGAAAACAUUGUUGAGACCUGUGAAGACAAUGGACUAUCAAUCAUCGAAGCUGAUUUUUCUUGGUCGACUGUGUCGGCGGAAAAGGACAAGCUCAAUCAUAUGAUCACUCGCUAUCUUUGUAUCCAAUGCGAAUAUGCCAUUCAACAAGAUCCUUGGUCAUCAUCAUCCAACACUUCAAAUCAACAAAAUGAGAAUUUCGACGGAUUUUUGUACCCUGAGAGAACCCCCAAUGGUAUCGAUCUUUGCAUUUACUUUUACGAUGGAAGUUCAGGUACCACGCGUGAGGAUGAUCAAGUGGAGGAAGACCUGAUUAUCUUGUGGCAGUUAAAGAAACUUGGCAUCCCCAUCAUUCCUAUCUUAUCAUCAUCUCCACCACCAUCUGCAAUGAGACGUGCUAGUAUGCGAUCACCCACUAGUCCUUUAUUCAAUACUCCUCCUCAUCCUCCUCUUCGAUCAGUGGCAGAUCGCCGAACACGACUUGCUGAUAUGCUUGCAAAAUACAAGAUUCGAUGCAUCGACAUUGCACUUUCAAGCUUGGAUAUUGGACAACCUCCUUCAUUUCAAAGAAGAAACACCAACCAUACCACCACACAUCCAAAUCUUGAAAAUCGUCUUGGUCGAGAUUGGGCAAUAUCCAGCAUCACAGCACCUGCUCCUUACAACAUUCUUACUGUUGAACAAUUCUCAGCACUCGAUCCACAAGCUUUAUUUUCAAUUCUCAAGCAAUGUCGACAAAAAGCAUUAAGAAAAGAGAAGCUCUUGCAACAAAUUACUCGUUCACGUGAUCCCACUGCUGCUGCUGCUGCUCAUCCAUCAUUUGCUACUACAAUGACGACCCACCAUCAGCAACCAUCACCACCAUCAUCCACUUCACCUGUGUAUACUGUGUCAAAACAAGAACCCACACCUGAUUCAUCAAGCACUCAAUCAUCGUUUAUUGCACCUCGUCACAACUUGUUUGGAUUAAUUAUGGUUGUGCUAUGCACGGCAUUGUGUAUUUCAUGGUACUAUUCUUCAUCAUUUCCGCGGGAAUCGGAAGUUUGGACAGCAUCAUUAUCAGUGGCCAACAAUGCAUCGUCUUUUGUGAUUGAACUACGUGGAUCAAGUAAUGCGGAUCAACAAAAGGUUUACGAGAUUGCUGUUCCAGUAUCAUCCGCUUGUCUUGAAUCAUCUACGCCUGUGCCACUUGCCGAUAUCCAAUUUAUGCAUCCACCACGCAUUGAUCUUGUACAACAACAAUCACAUUGUCAGCCAGCUCAUCCUUCUUCUUCAUCAUCCCCGCAAUCAUCUCAGCCUUCUCAUCAUCAACAUCACUCGGCUCAUUCACAACAUGAUGACUCUUAUCAUUGGGAUCAAUUACGGCGUACAGCUGCUUAUUUCUUCGGUAGCCCUACCAAGAUCAUAAAGACCGUGUUCAAUAGAGAGCAGCAUCAUUGA